AUGUUUUUGUAUUUAAAAUCUUGCAUUCUCUUGAUUUUUCUUAUUAACCAAGUUGUUUCAAAUUGGAGACUUGUAGAUUACAGUUUUACAGAGGAUGAUAUAUAUGAAAACAAUUGGAAAAUGAGAGAUGAUUGUGACAGUUCUUCUGACUCUUCAUUUUAAUAAGAAGCAUGUGGAUAAAAUUAAUUGUCUUAUGUUAGUUUGAAGAAAAGUAGGAGAUUGUUAUUAAAAUCAUUUAACUAUAAGAGCUAUUAAGUUUAAGUAAUUCUUGAUGUCUUUUUUGGUUUUGCAGAUGAUAAUAAAAAUUCAUGGAUAAAAGUUUUGUAUGAUAGCAAUAUAGCAUCAGAAAAUGAAUAAUAACUUUAUAAAAGAGAUUAUAAAGAUGAUGAUCUAACUUAAAAUAGUAUUCGAAUUUGUAAUGACACUUCAAGUUCAAGUAGAUUUGAAUUGAAAACUAUUGUAAGUACUAUUGGAAAUUCAAAUACUNCACUCUAUAAUAUUAACUUUUUUGCUAUUUUUAAUUUUCUAAAUGCAAAGGAAGAUUUUACCCUCAAAAUUAAAAGAAAUUUGGAAUGUAAAAGGCAGAGAUUGAAACAGGAGAAAGAAGUUUUCUCAAAAAUAUCAAUAGAUUAUUAAUGA